AUGGCUUUCUCUGUACGCCCAGCGCAAUGGCUCCUUGCCCUGGCAGCACUGGAUUGGUCUAGCACCGCAUUGGCCGCAGAUACAGCCGCCUGGAAAGGCAGAUCGAUAUACCAGACCAUGACAGACCGCUUCGCGCGCUCUGACGGAUCAACCACACACGCAUGCAACACGACAGAAGGCCUAUACUGUGGUGGAACAUGGAGGGGAAUGAUCAACCACCUCGACUACAUCCAGGGAAUGGGAUUCGACGCCGUUAUGAUAUCGCCAAUUGUUGAGAACAUCGAGGGACGGGUAGAGUACGGAGAAGCCUACCAUGGAUAUUGGUCGCAAGAUCUGUACUCAUUGAACGCACAUUUUGGUACCCAUCAGGAUCUACUCGACUUGAGUAACGAACUACACUCCCGUGACAUGUACCUGAUGAUGGAUACGGUUAUAAAUAAUAUGGCCUAUAUCACGAAUGGCAGUGAUCCCGCUGAUAGUGUGGACUAUACCUCCUUCACGCCAUUCAAUAGCUCGAGCUAUUUCCAUGAUUACUGCCCAAUCCCGAACUACAAUAUCUACUCCGUUGCCCAGAAGUGCUGGACAGGUGAUGACAUUGUUCCGUUGCCGGAUCUGAAGACAGAAGAUCCCACGGUUCAGGAUAUGCUGAACACCUGGAUUCAGGAUAUGAUAUCCACCUACUCGAUUGACGGACUGCGCUUGGAUGCCGCCAAGCACAUCACGCCCCAAUACUUGCCCGUGUUCGAGAAAGCUACCGGCUCUUUUACGACCGGGGAAGUGUUGGAACAGUCAGACGACAUCAUUUGCGACUACCAGAACAAUUAUAUCUCUAGUGUCCCCAACUACCCCGUUUACUAUGCCAUGAUGAAUGCAUUCACCCUUGGAAACACAACCUCUCUCGCGGAUGAGAUCAUGAACAUGAAGCAAAAGUGUCGCGAUGUGACAGCUUUAGCAUCCUUUUCCGAGAACCACGACCUUGCCCGGUUCGCCAGUAAAACCGAUGAUCUUGCACUCGCCAAAAACGUCCUCACCUUCACCAUCCUCUUCGAUGGCAUCCCUAUGAUCUACCAAGGUCAGGAACAACACCUCGACGGCGUCGGAGAACCCAACAACCGCGAAGCCAUCUGGCUCACCAAAUACGACACGUCCGCCCCUCUCUACAAACUAAUCUCAAAGCUCAACGCAAUCCGCAAACACGCCUACAACCUCUACAACGACUACGUCAACAUCGAAUCCUACCCAAUAUACCGCGGUGGCAGCGAACUAGUAAUUAGGAAAGGCAUCGACGGUCGCGAAACCAUCAUGGUCCUUUCAACACAGGGAACAGGUAGCAGCGAGUACACGUUGACAAUGCCCGUUUCCUUCCUGGCGGGAACGGUGGCGAUUGAUGUGUUGAAUUGUCGGAAUUACACGGUAAAUCAGAAGGGGGAGCUUAGUAUUGAUAUGAAUAAGGGUGAGCCUAGGGUACUGUUUCCCAUGGAUAUGAUGGAGGGGAGUGGGUUGUGUGGGUAUGAGUACUUGAAUGUUUCCUAUGUUACGUUGGAGACUGGUGGGAGUGUGAGUACUUCGGGGGCUUCAACGAUUGAGGACUUUCGGUCUUGGUUAAUUGUACCAGUUGUUGCCGGGUUGGUUGUGCUGUUUACAUAG